AUGCAUCGCGUGAUUGUUAUCUGGAUUUCAUUCGUGUUUUUCAAUCUUUCGACUUGUUCUACUUCUGAACGGGCCAAGAGGUAUCUAGUGUUUCCGGAACCAAAGGACGGAGCUCCGACGAAAGUACAGUUAAUCCUUGGCCUCGGUAUACCCAUGGAAGUCGACGUCAGCCUGAUUAUCGGAUAUGUGAUGAAAUUUAAUUACGUCCUGCCCUAUAACGCUUCCUACUUGACGGAUUCAUACGUUCGCUAUGACAGAUCGAUCAGCCACGGCGACGAGGUCGAUGGAAAUGACGACCCCGCGACGGAUCACCAAGGGCGCCUCAUUUCCAGAUGGGAAAUUUAUGAAAUCCUUGAAUCGGUUCUCGGCGAUUCGCGAUCGGGUAAAGCCUGUCUUCUGAGAGCGAUCUGCGAGGCUUCCUCCGUGCCUUUCAGCGGCGUUCGCGGUCUCAGCUCUCAGUUCAUGCAUCUCCUUCUCACGCCGUCGACCACUUCUGAGCCUUUCAGGACUGACUUUGAUCGAGUAUAUCGCGCUGCUGAAAUCAUGGGACGACAAGCAGCCAGGAGCUGCGACAGUUUAUUUCCGGAAUGCUCGGAGAGCCUCUUGGAGUACUUCACCGAGGACCGUGAAUGA